ACUUCCAAACUUCCAACACAUCAACAUGAAGAUCAUUGUUCUUGCUGCCCUCAUCGCCGUCGUAGCCUCCCAGGGUUACCCAAAGCCACAGUACCCCAAGCCACAAUACCCCAAGCCACAGUACCCUACUCCGGCAUAUCCCGCACCAGCAUACCCAGCUCCGGCCUACAAAGCUCCGGCCUACCCUGCCCCUGCCUAUCCGUCUCCAUCUUACAAGACUCCUGAAUAUGCCCCCAUGCCGUACAACUUCAACUGGGCCGUAAAGGAUGAUCCCUCCUACAACGAUUACGCUCACCAAGAGACCGCUGAUGAUAAAGGAUACGUGACCGGAUCUUACCGCACUCUUCUUCCUGAUGGUCGCACUCAGAUCGUCGACUACAAAGCCGAUGACUACACCGGAUACGUCGCUGAUGUUAAAUACGACGGAGAGGCCAAGGAAUACAAGCCAGCUUACAAACCCGCUGGUUACCCAAGCCCAGCGUACCCAAGCCCAUCUUACCCUAGCCCUGCUUAUUCUGCUCCAAAAUACCCAAGCCCAGCUUAUUCCGCUCCGAAAUACCCAAGCCCUGCAUAUCCAAGCUCAGCUUAUCCAUCACCCAAAUAUCCAACCAAAUAUUAGAUGCGUGAAUACGAUUAUAAGUCCAUUGUAAAUCAAAUUAUCUUGAACUAAAAUACAUUCUAUCUUAGUAAGAAAA